UUUCUUUUAGGUAUAUCUUUGGAAUUCCUCCCUUGAUCCUUGUUCUGUUACCAGUAACUUCAUCUAAUUGUCAUCUGAAAGAUAAAGAAGGUAAAGGCUUUGAGAAUGUUAUCCUGAUCAGCAUCGAUGAAUUGGACAGAAUGCUAGCCAUUGACAGCAACUGCUUGAAAAAAGAACCGAACUAUUUUAGGAAACAUUCAUGCGGUGACAAAAAGGAAGCUGCUUUUCUAAACCGUGCUGCUUACAAGUUGGAGCAAUUUGUUAAAAUGAAUAUCACUGUGGAUUUUGAGCUACACUUAUUAACAGUUUCACAGGGCACAUUAAAACUGAUAAACUGCACCAAGGAAGAAACUGUUUCAAAAGAACCAAAAAAGAAUGACAGGUGUUUCCUAAAGACACUGGUACAAAAGAUAAAAACGUGUUGGAAUAAAAUCUUGAGAGGGCGUUAGAGGGCACCUGGAAACGAAUGGAAUAUACAAGCUACGGGUGCAUCCUCCAGUAAGCUGUCUGCUUAUGCAAUUUUUGGGGGUAGAAAGCCUCCUAGAAGUUACUGAAGACAAUCCAGGAAGAAUAAUGAGAACAACUGAGAAAUUGACAUAGUACUAGAAGACUGAGGUAAACAACAGAAACUGAAUAUUGCAGUGAACAACUAUGCCGUAGGUUUGUGGACACACACGGUCAGUAUUGUUUAUACUGACUUUGUGAGACAAUCCACAUAAAGUAUCAUGUGCAAUAAAGCUUGUAAAGCCUGUGUCAGUGUUGCAGAAGGCAUCAACUCUGUGAAGUAUACAAAGAUAAGAAGGAUUAAAUCAGCAUUGUUUUAUUAUCAGAAGAAUUUUUAUGGUCCACCGUGCAUCAGUGUGCUGCGUCAAGCAUGAAAAUGGUUUCCAUCUACGCUGGAGAUGUUUUAGGAUUAACACUGAUGGAAAAAUGUUCGUGAAAACAAGAGAAGUAUACACUUUCAAGAAGCAGCAACAUAAAGAAGCCAAAAAUACUUAGGAGAGAUGUUAAGAAAUGUAUUUAAAUAUGAAUAUAUAACACAGUGCCUUUAAUAAAUGGUAUAGCAAAUAUUUUUAAAUGAAAACAAUGGAUCAUUUCAGAAGUUAGAAAUUCACUUAGUCUAGGAAUGCUAAGCCUUAGUACUAAGUUAGUUUUGUCAUUUAUGUAUAGUAAAAGUUGUCUUUGAGUUUUCAAUUUGGGAGGUAUAUUUUUAAGAGAAUAAUAUAUGUUAGCUUUUUAAUGAAUGGAUUGUGCAUAUUUAAUUUUGACAUUAUAACUGUAUAUAAAAAUAUUUUCAUACAGUAUUACUAAUGUUUACUUUGAAUAACAUUUCUCCUUUGUAAUAAAUGACCUAUGAAUUAGCACUGUCAGGCUAAUUUUAUCCCAAGAGAAUUUUCAAUAGUGCAUCACCAUCCGACCGCCCAUGCUCAUUGAAUAUGUGACCGUUAAUACCUUCUUACGAGACUAAGUAGGCACCCAGGAUCCCAAAAAGGUAUGCGUAGGAACACUGCUUUUUAGUUUAAAUGCCAACCUUUUGAAAGAAACCAUUGACAUAUCUUUUUAGACCCUGACUAGAAAGGACUGCACAUGGUCUUCAUUUACUACACCAAGGAGGCAGAUUAUAAAGGGAAUUAAAAACACUGUUUCUACGAAGCCAAACUCCGGAACAGCUCCCAGCUUGCAGCACACUGGAUUCGCACCCUCCUGCCCUUUUGCCGCUUCACUGCCAUCUCGUUACGUGCUGACUUGCUGCGUUUGGUGUAUAAAAGGUGCUCCAGUGAUACCCUCAGCUUUAAAGGCCAUACUUCCCUGCCCUUUCACUUUCCCAAACCAUAUGGAGUUUCGUCCCCAGUGGUGCAGACAGUGACUACAACUGCACAGUCCUUUGAGUAGAACGUACCCACCUGCCCCGUUUACAGGGCUUUGAGUUAGGCAUUUUUUUAAAUCGCUUUUUACUGCAGAAAAGGGAGUUGACUAAACUCAUUAGAAGCAAAUGAUUCCUCACCAGAUAGUCUUUCUUCAGAUGGAUCUUUCUACAGGGUAUGUUUCCACCGUAAGACACAGUCAAUGCUGACAUUCCUCUGUCCCUAUAAACUGGUGCUUUUGGUAAGUCAUCAGCUACAGAAACAAGGAGACUUAGGUUUCUAAAUUUGUGAAGUUGAAAGCUAUGUAUAAACUUUUCUUAGUGCUGAAAAAGUUCUAGUUUGUGGCAAAAUAAAAGGGGUAAUAUUUUUAAAUGCUGAUUAAAAGAAUUAUUGGA